AUGGCUAGUCGAGUGGCGGAAGCGGGGAAGGGCUUCGAUGCUGUGUUUGUUCAACCUGUUGUCGCUAGGUUGAGAUGUGCUAUUUGUCUUCUAGUUUUACGAGAACCGGUACAAACGGACUGUGGUCAUCGUUUUUGUGCCAGUUGUCUACGGGAACCUUCUAGCGAAAGGCGUGGUUUCUAUUCACUAAGGUCUAGUCGUACACGUCCCAUUGGACAGCGUUUCUUUUGUCCUUUAUGUAGAACGCCGCUAACGCGUUCAGAGAUCUAUCCCGACAAUGCACUGAAAAGAGAGAUACUGAAUUUGAUGAUCAAAUGCGAUCGACAUGAGAAAAGCUGUGAAUGGGUUGGUGAGUUGAGAUACAGAGAAACUCAUAAGAAAAAAUGUCAAUAUGUUGAAGAACCGUGUGUAAACGAGUGCGGAAAAAUGGUCAUACGAAAGGAAAUGAAAGAUCACAAGGAAAGACUGUGUGUAAGAAGAGUCACUAGUUGUGAUCAUUGCAGCACCAGAAUGAAAUGGAUGGAUCUUGAGGCUCAUCACCUAACAUGUCUUCAGUAUCCCGUUGACUGUAUUUACUCGUGUGGGCAAACCCUGGCAAGGAGUCAGAUGGAAGAUCACACUGGUAGAAAAGGAAAUUGUCCAAAUAGUAUUCUUGAUUGUGAUUUUAGCGACAACGGAUGCUCUUUUAGAGGAAAACGUGACGAACUGCUAAGGCACAUUGAAAGUAAUACAGCUAACCAUCUUAGUCUGAUGGCCACAGAACUAAAAGCAACCAAAUUGAAGUUGGCAGGCGCAGAAACUAGACUGGAAGAGGUGGAAUCACAGCUAUGUGAAGGAUCGAUAAGAAUGAAGUAUUCCUUUCCACCUGGCAGGUUUGUGCACAAAUGGAGAAUAGAAAACUGGUCUGAGAAAGUCACACAAGCAAAAUUACAGAAACCGGGUGAAAUGACGAUUAAGAGCAGUUCAUUCUAUGUAUAUCCUGGGUAUCAUCUAUAUCUUCGUCUUGACCCGGUUGGUUCUAUUGAGGGCACUGAGACAUACAUUGGUCUUUUUCUGUUUGCGACUACUGGAAUAUCUGAUGAAAAGCUCGUUUGGCCAUUUCCAUUCUCAUACGUCUUAGAACUUGUGGAUCAACAGUCAGCUGAAAACAAUUUUUCUAGAGAAAUUCAUCCUCCAAAUACAAACAUGACUGCUGGAGGCUCUGGGUCUGGGUAUGGUUAUUCCUCAUUUUGCUCUCAUGAAAAGUUACUUUCUCAUCACUACAUUAAGGAUGAUUCUAUUCUUAUUAAACUGACUAUUAAUGUGGACGUGGAGGAGUAG